AUGGCUGGCCCGACCUGUCUGGAUAUUGUGACUAGCUCACUUUGUACAGAAUUUCAAGGGCUACCCAGUGGUAUGUUUUCAAACAACACAUAAUUUUCAUUAUGGCAGAAAAACGACUAACGGAGUGUUGAAAGCACUAAGAUACAUCAAAAUCAUUAUAUCGGACAAGUAUUUCAACUGUGGACCCAUGUGGGCAUAUGUCUCUAAGACGUAUUUAUAGCUCAUUUUGAAGCUCGUGAAAUUCUCUAUUGAAUGCUAUAUCUAUUGUAGUAGCUAGUUGAGAAACGUUGAUUAUAGGAUCCCCACCGGGGAAUUAGCCGCUCGCUUUUAACGGGUUUCCAAACAGCAUUUCUAAUGUCAAGCGAUCCUGGG